GAUACCCCCAUUUAAAAGAUGGUCUUGCCAACCUCUAUGUAAUAUUGGAGCUGUCUCCAUUGAAAUAAUAUUUUCUCUGAAGCCAAACACAAACACUUUUGAAAUUCAGCAGUUGUGGAGGUGGAUCGAUCAAUGGAGAGCACCGAUUCAUCUUCGGGCUCGCCGCAGCCGCAGCUUCCACCGGGGUUCCGCUUUCACCCCACCGAUGAAGAGUUAGUAGUUCACUAUCUGAAGAAGAAGGCCUCAUCUGCUCCUCUUCCGGUCGCCAUAAUCGCAGAGGUUGAUCUCUAUAAGUUUGAUCCCUGGGAACUCCCUGCGAAGGCUAGUUUUGGAGAACAGGAAUGGUACUUCUUCAGCCCUAGAGACCGGAAGUACCCAAACGGGGCUCGGCCUAAUCGAGCGGCGACUUCUGGUUAUUGGAAGGCGACGGGGACGGACAAGCCGGUGUUGACCUCUGGGGGUACUCAGAAGGUGGGUGUGAAGAAGGCGCUGGUUUUCUAUGGAGGGAAGCCCCCAAAGGGGAUCAAAACCAAUUGGAUCAUGCAUGAGUACAGGCUUGCUGACAACAAGGUUAACACAAAGCCUCCCGGAUGCGAUAUGGGCAACAAGAAGAACUCUUUGCGGCUUGAUGAUUGGGUGCUAUGUCGAAUCUACAAGAAGAACAACACGCAUAGAACGCUGGAUCCUGACAAGGAUGACUCCAUGGACGACAUGCUUGGGCCGGUGCCGAGCUCGAUCUCGAUGGGGCAACAAAGCCUGAAACUGCAGUUCCCAAAGGUCCCAAACUACAGUGCAUUGCUAGAAAAUGAGCAGAGCCUGUUUGAAGGGAUGAUAAACAGCGAUGGUAUCAACAGUUCCGGCACUAUUUCUCAGCUCGCCUGCUCAAGCUCAAAGCCGGAUCACCUCUCCUUGGUUACAGCCACAACAUCAAGCAUCCUCCCUCUGAAGCGAACGCUCCCUUCUCUAUACUGGAACGAUGAUGAUACUGCCGGUCCUUCCACGACAAAGAGGUUCCAAGCCGAAAACACAGAUGGAAACAUUGGUAGAACAUCUGAUGGGAACAAUUCCAUCGCCACUCUGCUCAGCCAGCUUCCGCAGACUCCUUCAUUGCACCAACAGUCAAUGCUGGGGUCUCUUGGCGAAGGCGUUUUCCGGCAACCCUUUCAACUCCCUGGCAUGAAUUGGUAUGCUUAGCUCGGUUGCUGUUACGGAUUGUGAGCAUAACUAUACAUAAUAUUUGAAUCAAAAUCAGAGAUUAUCCCAGGUAGACUAUCACCAGCUAGCCAAUGUUCUAUGCAUAUAUAUACUCCGAUUAUCAUCGAUACAGUUGGUUAGAUAUAGAGUGUAGUUGGUUUGUGUAUUUUGAGUUUUUGAUUGUCAGGGAAGAGCGCUAGGGACUCCAUAAAUGGCCUCAAGUUUCUUCUGAGUACUGUAACAGUUAGCUGCUAAUAUUUUCAGGUGAGGCCAUAGACAUCCUUGGAUAUAUAGUCUUUUAGCAGUAUUUACAUACAUAUUUUGUUCUUCUUGGUGUAGAAAAAUAAAAAAGAUGAAUGAUAUAAUAAAAUUUGCUCUAGAA